AUGUAUCAACCACCCGCACUUGAAAAUGAUGGGGUGGAACUCAACUUAAUGAAUGAUGGAGAGAAAUACUUCCCUCAUAAUGAUCAAGACCUUCGUGAGAUGCUCCGCAUAUUUGUAUCAAAGAACAAUCUCAAGUUUACCGUGUUCAUAGAAAUGCCCUCAAAAGCUUUCUUGGAUUGGUCUUUCCCAAAAGUGUGUCAGCUUUACAAACUCUGUGAAUUGGAGGACCCAUCAUUGUCAGUAUUCCCGCCUUUCACUUUUGAUUUUGCAAUAGACUUACUCCAAACCACAAAAAUGGUUGGUGUGACAGAAGUAAAGGAUGAGGAUUUUUACAAGGGUAUUGCUCAGAAUGCUGUGCAACUUGAAUCAGCUUUAUCAAACUGUAAGCGUAAAGCAAGUGAGAUGGAAGAAGAUGUUUUUACGGGAAAGACUUUUGGAAUUAUUACAGAUGCAAAAGAAUGGUAUUUUAUGGAAUGUUUGUAUAACGAGGGGAAGCCAUUGUUUAAGCUAUCAAAACCAGUUACCGUUGUGUAUGAUGAUGAAGAUUUGCAAGCUAAGGUGGGAAAGGUUCUCAGUCAUAUUGCAUGGUUGUUGGAGGAGGCACAGAAGCCGGAUUCUGAUUCUCAAAGUGAAGAAAGUGUAAUAAAAAAACAUAGGUCAUCAAGCAAUCUUACCGGAAAGUCAGAUAAAUAG